AUGGACAUCACCAAAUUACUUGCAAACAUUGCUAGCCAAAAUAUUAAUGUUAAAAAAGAUACAAUGUCCACGAAAGGAUUUCCAACCAGAACGAACCGUGCUGCCCUGGGAGAUAUCGGCAACAAAGUGUCCAAUAUGACGAUUGACCCUACGAAGAAAUCUGGUAUCAUCAAAAAGGAAAUUUUACAGAAAUCUAAAUUUGUCAAGAAAGAGCAAGAAUUGGAAACUAUCCAGGAUAAGGAGCCAGUUGUUGUGGAAUUAAUACCAUCUUUAAAGAUGCCAACAGAACCAAUAGUGACUGUUGAUCCUAUGGACAUCAGUGAAGACAAACCAGAAGCUUUCUCUAAAGCCAUGUGUCCA